AUACUAUAAUAAUAGCCAAACCAUGUAAGACCAAAUACUGCUGUCAGAAAACUAUGUCGCGUAAUAAUGUAUAAGCACAGAAUUAAAAGUUUAAAGUUAAAAUGUACUAAUUUUCUUGCAGCUCAGUUAUUUAGACGUAUUAUUAAGAUUAUAUGGUAGAGCGCUGUCAUAACAAAAUAAAAAAUGAGCACGCAUAUAUUAUAUGCCAUCUGUAAUAUGAAAUACAAUUAUAUAUUCAUAUAUAUGAAGGGAAUAUCUAGUAACAUGGAAAUUAAUAAUUAAAUAUAUGUUUUGACGAUUUCUGUUUUACAGGAUUUCCGUGAAGUUACAGCCAGCAGUAUCCGGGGUAUCGUCGCAUGACUAUCAGCUGACAAAACCUUUGCUAGUGUGCUACAGUUCUAAGAGAAAUACGUUUGCAAAACAUAAAGUUGUUUUUUAAAGCCAAGGUUUAACUUAAGCCGAAUAAAUCGUUGACCAACAGAAUGGCCACGAAUCCACCUCCAAAACUGCAAGUCCGAAGUAGUGAAAACGACAGGGGAACACAUUGAUUACUGUGGUUAUGCAGUACUGCCCAUGGCUAUAGAGCAAGAUAUCCUGACAGCUGUAUCGCUGAACAAAACACAAGUCAUCCAGUUGGCCAAUACAAAUCCAUUGUACCCGGAUUUCACUAGCCGUAUCAGUGAUAUUCAUAUUGACAAGACUAAACCUUUAUGGCAUUACUAUUUCCUUUGUGGUCUGAAAGGAAUUCAGGAGCAUUUCAGUCUCGCUUGUCCACCGGGGAUUAACUGUGCUGUGGAUGGAACCAUCCCAGCUAGCUCCGGGCUCUCCAGCUCGAGUGCCAUGGUGUGCUGUGCAGGGCUCGUCGCUUUGGAAGCCAAUAAGAAGACCCUUUCAAAGGUGGAACUGGCGGAGAUCUGUGCCAGCUGUGAGCGUUACAUUGGUACCGAGGGUGGAGGCAUGGACCAGUCCAUCUCAUUUCUUGCAGAGCAAGGGACUGCCAAGUUAAUAGAGUUCAAUCCUGUCAGGGCAACUGAUGUUCAACUUCCAGACGGAGCUGUUUUUGUGAUUGCUAACUGUUGUGUUGAAAUGAAUAAAGCUGCGACUUCUCAUUUCAACAUCAGAGUCAUGGAGUGUCGAUUAGCUGCGAAGCUUUUAUCAAAAGCAAAAGGCCUGGACUGGAAGAGACUGCUAAAGUUAGGGGAUGUUCACAAGGAAGCAGGGGUUACCCUGGAGGAGAUGUUGGCUACAGUGGAGGAACUGCUACACCCAGAGCCUUAUAGUCAGCAAGAAAUCUGUCAGUGCUUGGGUAUCACCCUGGAAGAGCUGUGCACCGGCAUUCUCAGUCAGAAUACACAAGAUGUUACCACCUUUAAACUCUACCAGCGUGCAAAACAUGUGUACAGUGAAGCUGCAAGAGUACUUGAGUUUAAAGAUAUUUGUGACCAGACACCUGCCAAAGCAGUCCAGCUGCUGGGAGAACUGAUGAACCAAAGCCAUGUGAGCUGCAGAGACAUGUACGAGUGCAGCUGCCCAGAACUGGAUCAGCUGGUGGACAUCUGUCUGCAAUCAGGUGCUGUAGGAUCAAGACUGACUGGAGCUGGGUGGGGAGGCUGUACUGUGUCAAUGGUACCCAAUGACAAGCUGGAUUCCUUCCUAUCAAAUGUACGAGAAUCAUAUUAUAAGACUGAUGCUCGAAGAGCAGCUUUGGAAACGCAGAGCUUAUUUGUCACCAAGCCUGGUGGAGGAGCUGCAGUCUUACUUGAGGUUUAAAAUUGUUAAUUUGAAAUCAUUUCUAGGAUGGCUGAAAUGUAACAAUUUAUUUGGAUUCUACAGUGCGAUCAAGUCUUAUUAAAGUCAAUAUUAAAAACU